CGAGAUCAACCGUUGGAUCAUUUGAGUCACAUAUCAAAACCCUCCACGACAAUUUUAUCUUUCUAGGGUUUCCCAAACCUAAUCGCAGAGAGGAGGCUCAGUUUUCUCUUGACUUCACAGAAGCUCACCGACAUGGCGACCCAAAUGAGCAAAAAGCGAAAGUUUGUAGCCGAUGGAGUUUUCUUUGCGGAGCUGAAUGAGGUUUUGACCAGGGAGCUUGCAGAGGAUGGGUACUCUGGUGUUGAAGUUAGGGUUACACCCAUGCGGACUGAGAUCAUCAUUAGGGCGACUCGCACUCAGAACGUUCUCGGUGAGAAGGGAAGAAGAAUUAGGGAACUGACUUCUAUUGUUCAGAAGCGUUUUAAGUUCCCUGAGAACAGUGUUGAGCUAUAUGCUGAGAAGGUCAAUAACAGAGGGCUCUGUGCUAUUGCACAGGCAGAAUCUCUUCGUUAUAAGCUUCUUGGAGGGCUUGCUGUCAGAAGAGCUUGCUAUGGUGUCCUUAGAUUUGUCAUGGAAAGUGGUGCCAAAGGUUGUGAGGUUAUUGUUAGCGGCAAGCUCAGGGCUCAGCGUGCCAAAUCUAUGAAAUUCAAGGACGGAUACAUGAUAUCAUCUGGUCAGCCUGUCAAAGAAUAUAUCGACUCUGCUGUGAGGCAUGUGCUUCUGAGACAGGGUGUUCUUGGGAUCAAGGUUAAAAUCAUGCUUGAUUGGGAUCCUAAGGGUAAGCAUGGACCAACCAAACCUAUUCCGGAUGUUGUCACAAUCCAUCCACCAAAGGAGGAAGAAGAUUACAUUGUUAGGCCCUUGCAACAGCCCGCAGUCCCCACCAACAUAGAGAUUGCAGCAGUUUAGAUCACUUUUUCAGAACCAGGAAUAGAGGAGAUAUGUAACUUGUGUUGGUUGCUAUUGUUGCAGAAUUUAUUAUAGUUUUCGACUUUUGGUUCUUGUUUCCCAAAGGUUGUAUCGCAUGAUUCAACUAUAGACGGAAUGCUUCAUGCCGAACUUUAUCAUAUUGCCGUUCGUUGAGGUUAUUUUGUCGAUCCACGUUAUGCAUAUGCUAUUGUAGUGGUCGAAUGCUACAAUUUAUUCUUGAUAUCUCCAGUAUCAAGAUGGAUGAUGUUCUUGGAAGGUAAUCUUCCGUGUUUAUAUAAUUCUAAUAUUAAAAUUGGUGGUGUUUACUAUUAA